AUGUCUGCGUCCCCAAAAGAUACCCCAGAGGAAGCUCAGGAUAAGCUCGAGGACGAACUCGAUGAACAGCAGCAGCCUACCGACGCCGAGGGCGUGUCUGCCCCUGCUGAGGCUCCUGCACCGCCUGUAAAACGCGGUCGCGGCCGUCCAAAAGGCAGUAAGAACAAGCCUACCUCUUCUUCGGCUUCCCCUGCCGCCCCCCGACGACCCCGUGGUCGGCCUCCCAAGGAAAAGAAGGAGGACGAGGCAGGAGCUGAAUCUUCUGCCCCAAAACGCGGACGGGGACGUCCACCAAAGCAUCCCAGGCCCGCUGAGUCGGGAGGUGAGGGCGCUGCAAAUGAUGCUGCUGAGCCCCCUGCAAAAAGGAAGCGGGGAAGACCCAAGAAGACCACGACAACUUGA